AUGCUUUAUCUCUUGAUUCAAGUAAACGAAAGUACUAAGUGUGUUAUUUCUGAGCGUAUAGUGAGUAUAGAAUCUACAGAUAACCAGUUUAAAGACCUUUUUGAUGCAAUGACAUCAGGACAAUAUAAUGAUAGAGAGGUUCAAGUAUUUGUUAGACAAGAGAAGUCUGAAAACUGGCGAAAGGUUAACAAUAGGCUAAAUGGUGACUUAAACAUGUUAGAAGUUUUGGGCUUCUUGCAAGUUAAAUUUUGUCUGGUUGUUAAUACAGGCUCAGAUACACCACAAAAGCUUGUUCAGCUUUCAAGUUCUCUUGAAUUGUUUAUUAAUCAACCAUGGGUAUGCAAUGAUUUAUGGAAUCAAGUAAUGCCUGAAAUAUUGUUUUUGGUUGAAAUUCUAAGAAAAUAUUCAGAAUAUCUAGUUACAACUACUGCUAGUAUGAGCAAGCUUCAUCAUAGUAAUGAAAGUGCUCGUAAUUCUGAAAACAGCAGUACUAUAUAUCAAAUUCCUGCCUGCAAAUGUGAUAGCCUUCAUGAAAAUUAUAUCCAAUUAAAUGAUGCUAUACUUGAAAAACAAUAUUCUUAUAUUAGUAAAGUUUCACCAGCUGUAUUAUGGAUGCUUUAUUUUGAUCUUACUGGUGAUGUUUCUGUGACUUCAAAUACUAUCUCUCAUGAUGUAAAAGAGAGACUACAAUUAAUGCUGAGAUUGACAGAUCUCACAAUUACGUGUUUAAUAUCUGCAGAUGAUAAACAUAAAAUACCUAUUGAAGUGGAUGUUGCAGUUUCUACAGGUGUACGAAAUCGACGUUCAAUGGUUGCUCAAGACAGUAUUUUGGCUGCAGCUGACCAUGACUUUACCAAACUUUUUUUAACACCAUCAGUCAUAUUUUUUAUUUCGAUUCCUGAUGAUAUUUCUGGGUCAUUUUAUGAUGGUCAGGUAUUUGUAUCUUACAAGGAUACCGUUUUUGAACCAAGUAGUGCUAUCUAA